UCCUCCUAUCUCAAUUUCUCAACCCAAACUCAGAUCCUCUCUCUCUCUCUAAAAAAAUCUUUUUUUAGAAAAAUGGAACAGAAUCUACCGGCGAUAUCGAAGAGAAUAUGGAAUAUGGUCCGUAUAGCUUAUUUCAUGUUGAGGAAAGGAAUAUCCAAAAGCAAGCUAAUGGCCGACCUCACAAAUCUCAUGUCAAAACGCCGCAAAAUCGCCGGAAAAGCCAUAAAAAAUCUCAUGUUCCACCACCACCACGACGGCGGCGCCGGUGGCUUCUCCGUCGCCCCUUUCCGCCGGAGCGGCCGCCACCUCUCGUCCGACUACGAGUUCAGCUGCAGCAACAGCCCCGCUUUCCCCAGCUUCCAGUAUUACUUCAACAAGCGCCGCCAUUUCUUCGCGUGCGCCCACGCGCCCUCCACGCUGGAAGAUGACGUGGCCGCCAUGAACGCUUUCAAGGCCGUGCUGGAGGUUCUGAACAAUGAUGUAGCCGCCGUCGACGCGGCGUCCCCGGCUCUACCUGGGUUCGGCCGGAGCCCGAUGGUGAGGCAGCUGAGAGUCACCGACUCGCCGUUUCCGGUGGCCGGAGCCGGCGACGAGGAUUCCCACGUGGACAAGGCGGCGGAGGAGUUCAUAAAUCGGUUUUACAAGGAACUGCGGUCGCAGAAUUAAGACGGCGGAUUACAGAGGAGCUUUAGAAGAUCAAUUUACCGGCCUUGAAUAUUGACGGUGUUAAGUUUUGUGUAAAUUUGUGUUAAUUAAUUGCUGUUGGUGUUAUAAAAAACAAGAUAAUAAAAUAGAUUAAUUGGCUGUAUC